AUGGAGCCAAUUCUCAAGCAGAGCUCCGGCGGCAACGAUAUAAUUAAGGAACACUAUCUGGGAGUCCUCUAUGCUAAACAGGCUGCACAACGUCUGGAUCGAUCUCAGUGUCGCAUUUAUUAUCAACGUCCAAUCGACGGUCUCAUUCACAUAUUCCACUUUCCUUUGGUGAAAACGGGUUCGAUGUGGCGAAUCAAAUACGGAGAGUCAAGAGUACAUGAAUAUUCAUCGUUAGAAAGGCUCCUCAGCGAGAAAGACGUCUAUUUUUACUUGAGCAUCACAGAACCAGGAAUGCCAAUGGAAGCAUUUCGAGUGAAUCGACGUCCCAAAAUAGUGGUAGAGAAGGAGCCGAAUGAGAGACACGACGAAGAAGAUGGUGAUAUC